GAGCGAAAGGAAGAGCCCCUGCGCGCUGAGCGGCUGAGAGCGCGGGCUUUGGACUCCGGAAGAAGGGCGAUGGAAUAGAAUUCGACGUUGCCUGGCGACCGACCGACCCACCGACCGACCGACCAAACCGACGGUCGACUGAACUAUUGGGAGUCAAUAUGCCAACGUUUUCUGUCAUGUACAAAGGGGCAGUUAUCAUUAGCAGGACACUAAUGGGUCCGUAUGGGGUAGAUCGUGCCGUUCAUGAAAUAGAAUUUACCGACUGUGAGAAUGGACUGGGGAUCAAAGUGAUUGGAGGAAUGAAGGAGUUAACGGGAGAGGAGUUUGGAGUCUACGUCAAAAGGAUUUUACCUGGUGGCCUUGCUUCAAGUGAUGGACACCUCCAGGCGGGAGACCAGAUCUUGGAGGUGAAUGGGGAGAGUUUACUAGGGGUCACCAGUGAAAGAGCAGUAGACGUUCUGAGAUCAGCGUCCUCCAGCAACCAAAUGCGCCUUCUGAUCGCCAGAGACGAGGAAGCCAGGAGAGAGUUUUCAGAGCUUUUGGAGAAGUAUGGAUCCAGCAGUAGUACUGGGUCGACACGCAACUCUCCCAUCCAGCAUGCAGGCAGAUAUCUGGACAGUACAUCGUCCGGGUCCUCGUCACGCUCCCAGAGUCCUUUGCUUUUGAGUCCUGCUGGGUCUCAGAGCACCUACAACAACCCUCUACUGCGCUCCCUCAGUCACCCAGGAGAGGGUGUGAUCCAGCUGAUCUCUGUAGCCCGCUCCUCUAGUCUGGGCAUCACCAUCGGCGGAGGCUCCAAUAGACCGGACGGCCCGGCGGUCUUCAUCCAGGAGGUUCUGUCUGGGGGAGACUGCCACAGGGAUGGGCGCCUGAGGCCAGGGGAUCAGCUCAUUGCCAUCAACAAGGAGUCCUUGAUAGGUGUGACCCACGAGGAAGCUAAGAGCAUGGUCAACAAGGUCAAAUUCAGUCAAGAGGCGGUGGUGGAGGUUGCUUUCAUCCCUGGUAAAGGUCCGUUCCCCAACAGCACGUCUUUACACAACGGUGUCCAGCGCGGCGUUGGCAACGGGUACAGCUCCGGACGCUUAAAAGUCCACGUCAGAUCACCAGAGAUCCGUACGGUGGAACCUGCCCCACUGCCUUCACCCUCCCCUGACAUCUGCCCUCCAGAUAUACACAUUUCAGGCUCGGCCCCCACCCAGAGAACAGUGUUGUCUGCAGCCAAACCCAAGAUCUCCCUGGACCCUCACAUACGCCUCAAGUCUGACAAACUGGACCUGGCGUUGUCGUACCUGGGUCUGGACGUGACGGAGGAGAAGAGGAGGAAGCUGAGACAAAGUCUUAUCACUGACCCACAGGGAACCGUGUCCUACGGAGACUUUGUUGAGGCCACACGCAACGUCUACCAAGAGAAUCUGGAGGAGGCGGGACUAGGGCAGAAAGAGUUCAUGUUCUCCUAUCACGAAGCAGCUAGCUUGAUGGACACCUCUGCCUUCCACUCCCCGACCUUUGAUUCAGAUUCCUACAGUAGUGAAGAACUGGAGCACUUUCAGGCGGAGGUGAAACAGCUGCAGAACCAGAUUAAACAACUCAAGUCCAAUCACAGUCAGCCUGCUGGUUUUCCUACACUACCCCAGAUCAGUCAGCCUGCUGGUUUUCCUACACUACCCCAGGUCAGUCAACCUGUUGGUUUUCCUACACUACCCCAGGUCAGUCAACCUGUUGGUUUUCCUACACUACCCCAUAUCAGUCAACCUGCUGGUUUUCCUACACUACCCCAGGUCAGUCAACCUGUUGGUUUUCCUACACUACCCCAUAUCAGUCAGCCUGCUGGUUUUCCUACACUACCCCAGGUCAGUCAGCCUGCUGGUUUUCCUACACUACCCCAGGUCAGUCAACCUGAUGGUUUUCCUACACUACCCCAGAUCAGUCAGCCUGCUGGUUUUCCUACACUACCCCAGGUCAGUCAGCCUGCUGGUUUUCCUACACUACACCAGGUCAAUCAACCUGCUGGUUUUCCUACACUACCCCAGGUCAGUCAACCUGAUGGUUUUCCUACACCACCCCGGGACACAGAGCACAGCAAGUCGACCCUGGAGGAGGAGCUACACAACACCUCAGAGAAAGCGUGUGCGACGGUGGAGGAGAACAGUCGUCUGAAGACUCGUGUGCAGGUAGCGGAGGCAGUGCAGAGAGACAGACAGAGUAACAGUGCAGAGCAGGACUAUGAAGAGGUCAUUACACUGCUAGAGGCUGAGAUCAAAGACCUGAAGAACCAACUGGCGGGCAAGAAACAGAAGGGUCUGGAAGCUACUAAGGAAGAUGUGAUGGAGUUAAACAGGAAGUUGUCAAUGAUUGACUGUCAGCUGAGGAGGUCUGAGCUGAGCAGAAGACACCUGGAGAUCUCCAACAAGAAACUACUGGGAUUCGCACAGAAUGUUCACAAAGUGCUCACCACCCCCAGUUUGUUUGGAAUGGAAAAUGGGAGUAGCAGGACCUCUCCAGCCACAGACAGUCCAGAGACCCCCUCUCCCAUCCCAGACCCAGCCUGCCAGUUAGCUGCAGAGGCCAGGGAGCUGGUGGAGGGGGUCAGAUCCCUGAGCAGCACCGAUGAUACAGCCCCUCUCAGUGACUCAGAGGUGGGGGAACCACCUGACCCAGCCAUGGACCCUAACCGGGCCACACAGUGACCCUCAUAGCUCGCCGGCUCAGACAUCUCCUACAGAAGAUCCAGCCAAAGACAAGCGCCGCCAGUAGAGAACGUUCAGAGAACGUCACAGAGAGCGUUUUAGAGAACGUUACGAGGACGUGAAAAGAACAACGUGGCUGGGGACUAGGCUCAGAAGAACACAGUGGUUGGCUGACUACGUUUACCUAAAAACUACCAACGACCCUUUAAAAGACCGACAGACAGAUUGAGAGAGACAACCAGACAGACUGUAUGUAGGAUGCUAUGCAGUGUGC